AGAGAGAGUGUGUUUCGUGUGUGCCGCGUAGUGAUCGACAGAAUUUGCUGGAGCAUGCGACAGUAAGGACUUAUCGACCCCAGCGACGUGCAUGUUUAUCGCUGGACAAUGGCUGGACUACGCUACGUUUGCUGGCUCUUCGUCAUCCUGGGAUACCUGUCGGUCGUUCUGGUGCUUGCCCAGAACCCCGUGGAGGAGAAGACCACCUUCGAAGCUGCUUUCCAAGGAAGAUGCGGGCACGGAUCGCCCUGCGAACAGCUCUGUUACGAACUCCACGAUGGCAUGUACGAGUGCGACUGCAGGGAUGGCUAUAUACUUCAUAAAAAUGGAUACAGCUGUGCUGAACUCAACUCGACAUCGCCAUCGACGAGCGAACUCGGCGACCUCGUUGACGAGGCUGAGAGCGACGAGGCGAACGCGGACAACGCGGAUGACGAGGAUGCGGUCGAAGAUAUUCUUUAUAUACGCGGUGCAACCUUCACGAUACAUCUGGAUGCCUCAGCCGAGAAUUCCACCGUGAACAUGACGAAGAUAAACGAGGCGAACGCGGAUCGGAUCGAGCUGCACGCCACGUCUCAGGGCCCAAAUCUGGAGCAAAAACUGCCAUCCACGAUGGAGAGCAUCGUGAGCACUGAGCCAGCAUGUUCCUUGGACUGCGGACCGGCUGGAAAUUGUUAUAUCGAGCAAUCUCGCGGAGAUGAAGUCGAUGUAGUGAUCGAAGACGACGAUGACGACGACGACGACGGAGCCGUGGAUCUCGAGGGCAAUACCGUAAACCUCAGAAGAAAGCAAGGAACAUUCAGACAGAGAUGCCAAUGUCCUCUCGGAAGAGGUGGAGAUCGUUGUCAGCUGGAAGCUGAAGUUAGAUCACCACGUUUCACUGGGUCAGGUUGGCUGGCUUUUCCCGCCUUAAGAGCCGCUUACAAACACGUCCAAUUAGAAUUGGAAUUUCGACCAGAAGCAUGGGACGGAGUGCUUCUCCUGGCCGGAGAACGGGACGAUCUUCAGGGUGACUUUAUGGCCUUGAUACUGCAUCAUGGCUUUAUCGAAUUCAGGUUUGAUUGUGGCAGCGGUGUGGGCACCGUGAGGAGCACGGAAACGGUGAAACUGAAUGAGUGGAACACUCUGAGUGUCUACAGACAUCGAUGGGAUGCCUGGAUCCAGCUGAAUCAAGAGAAGAGGGUAGAGGGACGAUCGAAGGGUUUGUUCUCGAGAAUUACGUUUCGCGAACCUCUCUUCGUUGGUGGACCCGGAAACACGACCGGUUUGGAGCGACUUCCGGUGAGGACCGGAUUUAAGGGCUGCAUCCGGCAUUUGGAGGCGAACGAGCACCAUUAUCGCUUUCCAUUGGCCCCGCAGGGCGAUGCUGCGAAUGGAUUCGACAUCGAGGAGUGCACGGCCGACAGGUGCAGUAAGGUACCGUGUUCCCACGGUGGAAAAUGCCUGACAACCGGAGGCGACACGGCUGUCUGUCUCUGCCCGCUCGGCUAUACGGGCGAUCUCUGCGAAACCCGAGUGGAUCUACAGGUUCCAUCCUUCAACGGAUCCUCUUACCUACGUUAUCCGGGAUUGGCGGACACGUCGCUGUCGUGGCUGGAAUUGUUCGUCACGUUAAAACCGACCACGCCGGACGGCGUGAUACUCUACAACGGCCAUCACAGCGAUGCCACCGGUGACUUUAUUGCUCUCUAUCUCUCCUCGGGCCACGUGCAGUUCACCUUCGACCUCGGAACAGGACCUGCCACUUUGAGAAGCGAAAAUCCAGUUCGUCUUGGCGAAUGGGUCGAAGUUCGGGUCUCCAGAACAGGUCGUUUGGCAUCCUUAGAAGUUGAGGACGACCCGGCCCAGGAAAUCCUGGCGCCCGGAGCGUUCACGCAAUUAUCCUUACCGCUGAACCUCUAUUUAGGCGGAGCACCGUCCUCCGACAUGUAUUCGCCGAAGAUGAAAACUACGGCCAGCUUCGUCGGCUGUAUUCAGACGAUCGUGCUGAAUAAUCGCGAGGUGGGUAUCCUAGCUGAAGCGUUAGGUGGAGUGAAUGUAGGAAAUUGUGGGCACGCAUGCGAGGCUAGACCGUGUGGUGAUGCGGAAUGUCGGCCUCUUCGCGAGCGAUUUACCUGCCGGUGCCGUCCAGGAGUACCGCACCCUUGUCCUGCACCGGAUGAUUAUACGCCGCUGGUUCCGCCACCGGCAAGAACCAGCAGUAACGCCGUUACGUCCGUGAGAUACGAGAGGGCUGUGCCCAGCUUCACCGGCAGUGAAAGCUAUCUACAUUAUAAUGACGCCGACACAAUGAAAAGGAUAAUCAGUUAUAGGGUAGACAUCAAUAUGAGAUUCCGCGCCAGCAGCAGCAGCGGCCUACUGCUGUGGAGCGGUCGCCAAUCAGAUCCUCAGGAACAAAGGGAUGAAAACGAUGACUUCCUCGCCCUCGGCCUGGAUCACGGUUAUCUUACUCUCGCAUAUAAUUUAGGUUCCGGAGAAGCCGUAUUACGGUAUAAUCUCACGCGAUUGGAUGACGAUCUGUGGCAUCGUAUCAGGGCCGUUAGAAAUGAACAAUGGGCAUCUCUCGUGGUAGAUAGUGGUACUGGUGUCUCAGCAUCUUCUCCGGGGCAACUGAGACAACUAAACACUGAUACCGGUCUUUACGUCGGCGGUGCACCGGAUGUCGUGAGGACAACGGGAGGAAGGUACGCGAAAGGCAUCGUGGGUUGCAUUAGCGACCUCGUGCUAGACUCGGACUUUUCCGUCGCUUUAUCGUCGCCCGCACAGGCAACCAACACACAUUCAUGCAUCCCCUGAAAGAGAGA